AUGAAGAUAUCAAACUUAAAAUAUCUUUUGAUUUUCGGGAUAUUGGCAAGCUCUAAAUUUUACAGUGUUACUAACGCAGAAGUUUGUCUUCAAAUUCUAAGAAACAAAAAUGAAUUUGAAAAUGCAAUGUAUUAUUCCGGAAGGAUCAGAAAGUGGAACGAAGCUACCAAAGAAUUUGAUCACUUUGAGUCUUUAAACGGGAAUGGAACUCUUGUUUGCACUGUUGAUUACUCGGAUAACAUCACUGGGCAAGAAGUUAUCGUUGCUGUCGAUACGAUGCUACCUUAUGUGGAAAAAGGAACCAAUCACACAGUUAAUGGAUACAUCGGAAGUAUUUGGAAUCUUUUGGAAGAAUCUCUGAAAUUUAAAUCCAAGUACAAAAACGGAAAAGGAUACAAGCUAGACAUAUUCUUCUCAGGUAGUUGCGAUGUCCUCUUAGGCGCAGUAACCAUCGACAAAUACUACGGCGGACAUUGUCACUACAGCCAUCAAUUGACCACCAUUUCGUACUCUUUGUACACCCGUGAAGUAGCAGCACGUGUAUCAAUGUGGUGGUACGUCAGGAUAUUCCGAUCGGACUUAUGGUUGGCAACAAUCUUCUACAUCGUUGGAAUAAGCGGCAUUCUCUUUGGGAUGUACCGGCUGAAGAAAAUGGCGUGUUCGAAUUACAUUGAGUCGAACAAUGAAUUCGCAGUGUUGUCAUUUAACUUUCUUUGUGUUCUUGGUGGCAUAACUGGUCAAGGAAUGCAAAACUUGCCGUCAUCAUGGUCAAUGCGUUGUUUGAUCCUAACCUCGCUGACAAUGAGCGUUCUGAUAACCUGCGGAUUCAACAGCACCCUGAUGUCCCAUCUGUCGAUCAGUGGCACCAUGAUGCCCUUCAACGACCUCCAGGGGAUCUAUUUGAACGGACGUGGUUCCUAUUCCAUUUGCGUCCGCAACAAAGACGGACCCGGUGAUUACCUCAAGCAGACUGAGAGAAAUUUGACCAAAAUGGGGUUCCAGAUAGACAGCAUCAUGAACCGACCAAACUGUCCUAAAAUGGACGACAAGCAGGAUUUUAAGUCCAAAUUAUGUGAUAAGGACAAAAGGAUCUACUUUGAAGCUCCGGAAAUUUUCCUGUCCGCUUAUCGGGAAGUUAAACACAAGUGCAAUAUUGUUAAAGUUUCUGAGCACAUUCAGCCCAGAAAGAUUUCAUUUCUUACUACCACUUCUUGGCCGUACAGGAAACUUAUCAAUAAGUACUUGCUAAAAUUUCGCACUGCAGGUAUCCUGAACUACUUUGAACACAAAUUUAUAUCUCGUGAAUUUCCUGACACCUAUGACAGCAAAUUUUCCAGCGAAGUGGUUACUUUUGAGCAUAUUCAGUUGCUUUUUUUGGGGCUCUGUAUAAUUUAUAUUAUUAGUGCGAUUAUUUGUAUUGCUGAAAAUAUUUGGGUUGGUUUUGCAAAUAAUACCAAAGUUCAACGAAUUAUUUCACGAAGACGGCUGUCGUAUAAAAAAAGACAAAAGAAGUUUAUAUUACCGAACAUUUAUAUUAAUGAUAAUACUUUUAAGUUACCAAUACGCAUGGACGAUUUGUAUAAUAUUCAUUAA